AUGGGAGAAGUAGGGGAAAAUCUCGUGGAAAGUAUACCACCAAAGCGUGCGAAGAAUGCCGUCGCCGGCGAGCUAAGAUGCAUUCAGUGGGAUGUCUCAUGUCAAUAUUCAGGUACCGAAGAUGGUCGCCGACCGGCUUCCAAGACGUACGUCCUGCUUCUUAGGCAGCGUAUCGAAUCGCUGGAGAAGCUGUUAGACAAGCACGGUAUCAAUAGCAUGGAUCAUGGAUUCCAGCUGCCUGGUAACAACUUGGAUAGCUUCAUGGUAAAUGACAAGUUAGACGAGGCAUCCUCCGCAAUGGAUAGUCUAUGCGAAUCUCUCAAAGGCCAACUAUCGCUAGACGAAUCUUUGAAUUUCGACAAAGAUGGUGAGAUGCGAUACUUUGGGCCUACCAGUGGGCGGCUGGGAUUCCAGGGCCUUCCAUCAAGCAGUCGGAACCCAGAUAUUUCACAAAAUAACCCCCAACCGGAUGCUGCACUGGGUAGCAUCGACGACUACCUCGGACUUGCAGUGCCUAGCCCAGUGAUUGAUGAAAUUCCUAUCUCUCUGCAAAACGAGCUCAUAAAUCUUUACUUUACAUGGGAACAACCGUGGUACCCUAUUGUUGACGAGACCCUUUUCAGGGAGAGCAUGAGCUCUUCGGGGAGAUAUUGGACUCCGUUACUUCAUUACUCCAUUCUCGCCUUGGGCUCUCGAUACUCAGAUAGCUUGGAAGUCCGAUCAGACCCAACUGACCCUAACUCAGCCGGUCAGAAACUACUCACCCGAGCGAAGAGUCUUCUACACCUAGAGAUGGAGCAUCCUACUCUUGUGACGAUUCAGGCGCUAGGGGUCAUUGGCAUGGUCUACUUUGCAAUUGGCAAAGAUGCUGCUGGAUGGCUACACCAUGGAAUGGCGGACCGACUGUGUCUAGACAUGGGGUUGAACAUGGAUCCUGCAGGCUUUGCAGGGACGGUCACGAUAUCAGCUAGGGAAACACGCUUGAGAAGACAGAUCUACUGGACACUAUACUGCCAUGACAAGCUUUCCGCUACCUAUACGGGGCGGAUAUGCUCUAUGCUCGACCAGCAAGGAGCUGUCGAGUUGCCAUCCGAGAUGGACGAGUCCAAGGACAACACAGAGACACCUGUGGAGAUCCGAAGAGCUGUGAUACCUUUACAAAGAGCAUUGAUCGGAAUCUGUCAGAUCACCGAGAAAAUUCUACUCUCAGUGUGGGGUCCCAAGCCACUCGUCAAAGGAACAGAGCGGCCGCAAUUCUUCGAAUCGAGCCUUCUUGCUCUGACAUCUUGGUUCUACGAUCUUUCUCAGCAGCUCAGGAUUGAUCGACCCAACCCUGUGCCUCAAGCAUACACGCUUCAUAUGAUAUAUCAUACGACGAAGAUUCUACUUGCCAAACCAUUCCUUAUGGACCCUGGCUACUGCGAUUCUGCUGAUGCAAAGAAUGACACGGUGGAGAAAGCUCGAACCGUAUGCAGGGACUCCGCUAAGACAAUCUGCGUGGUGGCUCAAAAGUACUGUCGCACGUUUGGCAAUUUCCGACGUAGUCCGAUUUCGGCAAUGCACUGCACGCUGUCUGCAGCUCGGGCAAUUCUAGAAGAGCCGGACUGUCCUUCCAAGCUCAACCAGUUGCGAAUAUGUCUGGCUGUACUUGACGGACUUUCUAGAUCAUGGCAUCCCGCACGACAUAUUGCGAAUGGGCUUAGAAAGCUUUGUCCCAUGCUGCCUAGCGAGGUGUCACCUGAGAGUGGUAACGUCAGUGCGGUUGACCUUGAUAUUCAGGACCUUACGCAGAAUCCUUCCGAAGUAUGUGGCGCUUUCAGUGAUGAGGCUAUUCCAGAGCUACAUAAUAUCCUCUGGACUGAUCUUGCCCCUUGGAGCCAGCUACCCGACGACUACGGAUACUUUGACUUGUUGAACCAGGCCACAUGGGACCGUGCAUGGUAA